AUGGAGGCUAACUAUGAAAAGAAAUAUGCUGAUUUUAUCGGAACACUUGAAAAGCUUUUCUGCAAAAAAUCAAACGAAUCUGUUGAAGAUAUGAGCAACUUAAUUUCAAAUGUUUUAAUAUCUAAGUAUCAACUUUCCUUAAAAUCACUUGAAAAGAUUAUUAAAUUGGCAGGACAAUGCAAUUAUGCUUACGUAGAGAGUUAUUUCAAAAUAUUAGAACUAAUUUGUUCGAAAUGCACGAAAAUUACAGAAUUAAAAUCAAAAUUACCAAUGGAGGGUUCAGUUGAAUACAUGGUUAUGCACGAUCAAAUAGACAAAUUUAAGGAAUAUGUUUCACAAAAAGAUGUCAAAUUUUCCUUAGAUAUUAUUGAUCUGAAAGAUUUUGAAGGGCUAAAUGAUCAAGACCUAGAUGCAUGUGAUUCCACCAAUUUAUCAUUAUUUGAGGCAUGCGCAUAUUUUGGAUCUGUAAACAUUUUCAUAUUCUUAAUUUCAACUCAACAACCUAAAAUUUCUAAAAAAGUUCUUUUAUACUCAUUAAUCGGACGGAAUACAGAUAUUAUUAAUGAGUGCAUGAAACAUAAGAAAAUGAACAUAGAUUGCCUCAGAUUCAUUGUGAGAACUCAUUUCAACGAAAUGCUUGAAUAUGUUAUCGAAAAUAAGAUAUUUGAUUACCAAGAUUUCCUAGAAGAAGAAUGGAUAUAUGAUGUAAAUUGGUGUGGGAAAUUUGAUUAUCAAGCUCCUUUCGAAGAUAUUAUCGAAUACCAAAACUUGAAAGCUGUAUUCUUGCUUUACAAGAAAUUCAAAACAAAAAUCUUUCCAUGGUGUGCUGCAUUUCCACAAACAAUCGAUAUUAUCAAAAAAGAAACAAAUCCUCGCAAUCCUGACUACCGUAAUAAUAAUAUUCUAAUUUACGCAUGCCACUCCCAAAAUGGUGAUAUAUGUAAAUUUUUAUUAAACUAA